CAGCCUGCUCAUAAAGGGUGAGGGUCCCGAUGCUGAAAGCCCCAUCGGGGUUGGUUAUAGCAUGAGCUGCUCUGGUUUACAAUUGGAAAGGCAUUGUUUUGGCAAUCUUUUGGCUGAAAGCUGGAGAAGUUGUGCUCCACUCCUGGGAAUGCAUCUCCCUGUGCUUUGUUUCCUGUCAAGAGAACUCUUCCAUGGACUCUACAAAAUCAGUCUCUGUGCCAGCCAUCUGCACUGCAGGGCUGCCUGUCUUGUUGCUGUUGUUGUUGCUGUUGUUGCUAACCAGCUGACCGUCCCCAGACACUGGGGCUGCCUUUUGUAUCUCCUGGAAGCUGGGAUCUCUGCUUUGAAGUGAGCAUCUUGCAUUUUGUUUCCCUCAGGGAAAAUGGUGAACACGGAAGAUCCCAAGAUGAAAUACACUGAAAUGGAAUAUAUUGGCAAGGGGCAUUUUGGAUCUGUGGUUAGAGCACUCAACAAAGCCACGGGAGGAGAGGUGGCCAUAAAGAAAAUAAGACUUAACGGAUGGCAGAGAAAGCAACUAGCUGUUAAUGAAAUCGAAAUCAUGAAGAAGCAUAGGAGUCCCAGUGUUGUGAAUUACUUAGAUAGGUGAGUGGCCAUGGUCUUAUCCCAUGAAUAUGCACGUAC